CACACAAACACACACAACUCGCUCUCUCAACCAGACUCAGAGUCGACUUGCCUCCAAGUGCUAAAUACUGAGACUGUCUUUCUUCUUCCUUUUCCCUCUUCUCGACUACUUUGAAAUCUACUGCCCAAUAUGACAUCUGAGCGUGAAAGCAAAACCUUCCUUGCGAGGCUCUGUGAGCAGGCCGAGCGUUACGAUGAGAUGGUCACGUACAUGAAGGAAGUUGCCAGCAUCGGUGGUGAACUCACAGUUGAUGAGCGCAACCUUCUCUCUGUCGCGUACAAGAACGUCGUUGGAACCCGUCGUGCCUCGUGGCGCAUCAUCUCGUCCAUCGAACAGAAGGAAGAAUCCAAGGGCUCUGAGAAGCACGUCCAGGCCAUCAGCGAGUAUCGGCAGAAGAUCCAGGCUGAGCUUGAGCGUGUCUGCCAAGAUGUCCUCGAUGUCUUGGACCAGUCUCUCAUCCCCAAGGCCGAGUCUGGAGAAUCCAAGGUCUUCUACCACAAGAUGAAGGGCGACUACCACCGUUACCUCGCCGAGUUCGCCUCUGGGAACAAGCGCAAGAACGCAGUCACCGCUGCCCACGAUGCUUACAAGAACGCCACCGAUGUUGCCCAAACUGAACUAACCUCCACCCACCCAAUCCGCCUCGGUCUCGCCCUCAACUUCUCUGUCUUCUACUACGAAAUCCUCAACUCUCCAGACCGUGCCUGCCACCUUGCCAAACAAGCCUUCGAUGAUGCCAUUGCUGAGCUUGAGUCUCUCUCUGAAGAGUCCUACCGUGACAGCACCCUUAUCAUGCAGCUUCUGCGUGACAACUUGACUCUCUGGACCUCAUCCGAGGGUGGUGAGCCGGAAUCACACAUGACCCAGGGUCAACAAGCCUCCGCUGAAGGUGCUACCGAAGAGAAGAAGACUGAAGAGGCCGCCGCGGCCGAUGCUACAGCUGUCAAGUCUGAGGAGCCAACCCCCGAUACUACUGAGGUCAAGAAGGAAGAACCUGUUGCUGAGUCCUAGACGGGAAUUCAUGGUUAGGAUCUUAAGGCUACGGCAAAGGCAGAAACA